AUGACUGAAUCAGAGGUUUCUGAUGUUAGAGCCUUGAUAAGACGACGCGGUAUAUUUAAAGCGAAAUUGACGCUUUUUGAGAAAUACAUACACGAUGUUGAAAGCUUGGAUGACGAUACGAGGGGCAAGUCAAGGAUAGUCGAAUUGGAGCAACGUAUAAAUAACUCUAAAGCUCUACUUUCUGGGUUUGAUGAAGUACAGUCUCAGAUCGAAUGUGAGCAUGAAGAAAAUUUAGAACAAUCAUUAGACGACAAUGAGGUUGCUACUAGUCAUUGUACAUUGGCAACUAUGAGAAAUGGUAUCUUACCUACUGCAAGGGUGAAAGCAUAUAGUACUGCCAAUUCUAAACAUCAUGCUGUUGUUCGAGCGUUAUUGGACUGCGGUUCACAGUCGAGCUUUAUAACCUCACGCCUUUGCGAAAAACUGAAUUUAACUAAAACUAAGCAAAAAUUAGCGGUAUCUGGUAUUAACGACAAAUUGACUUAUGCAAAUUACAAAUGUGACAUAAUAAUAAAGUCCAGUGUAGGUUCUUAUUCGUUUAAUCUCUCAUGUUUUGUGCUGGACAAGAUUACCACCGACAUUCCCGAUGCUCCAAUAAAUGCCAAAUAUCUAAAUAUCCCUGUUAAUAUCGAGUUAGCCGAUCCAGAGUUCUAUGAUCCGCAAUCCAUUGACGUUUUGAUCGGAGCAAAUGCCUUUUGGGAUCUCUUAAGCUUGGGACGAAUCAAUUUAGGUACUAAUUUGCCUACAUUACAGAAUACCCGGUUAGGUUGGGUUGUUCCUGGAUCAAUGGAUAUACCUACGACAAAAUCGCAUUGUGGGUUGACCAGAAAUAUUUUGGUCCAAGACCAACUAGCUAAAUUCUGGGAAGUUGAGGAAGUAGAUCCAAAAAAACCCUGGUCGGUAGAAGAGACUUUAUGCGAAGAACAUUUCGUAAAUCACUUGACAACUUCUGAAGAAGGUAGAUAUGUAGUAUCUCUUCCACUUAAGGACUCUCCGGCAAAACUUGGCGAGUCUCGUGACAUUGCAGUCAAACGAUUCAUAUCACUUGAACGAAGGUUAAUGACCAAUGAAAAAUUCCGGAAAUUGUAUAUAGACUUCUUAGAUCAAUACGGGAAUUUAGGACAUGUGACAGAGAUCACGUGCGAUGGAAAGGAUGAUACGGAAUAUUUUAUGCCGCACCACGGGGUGCUGAAAGAAUCCAGCUGCACCACAAAAUUGCGCGUUAUGUUUAAUGCGUCGAUGCCUACAUCUAGCGGUUUACCUUUGCACGAUUUACAGAUGACAGGUUCUAUCAUUCAGCAAGAUCUUUUCAACAUUAUUAUUAGAUUUCGUUUGCGAUCCGUUGUACAGUCUAGUGAUAUAAAGAUGAUGUACAGACAAGUAUUGAUGAAUCCUGAUCAGCGUAAAUUACAGAAAAUUGUAUGGCGUUCAAAUCCCAAUGAACCACUUAAAACAUUUCAAUUGAAUACCGUCACAUACGGAACUACAGCGGCAUCCUUUUUAGCGAUCAGAUGUUUACAUCAAAUUGCUGAUGAGUGCGAAACUGGGCACCCAACCAUAUCGAAGAUCAUCCGAAACGAUAUGUACGUCGAUGACGUAUUAACUUCUGUCAAUACUGAGGAUGAAGCUUGUUAUAUAAAAGAUCAGAUUUCACGGAUAUUACUCCAGCGGGGUUUUGAACUGAGAAAGUGGAAAUCUAACAGUAAAAACUUAACCAAUGAUUCCGGCAAAGAAUAUUCGCAGAAUAUUGUGGAAUUUUCAGCAAACAAAGAUCACGAAACUAAGACUCUAGGUCUCUCUUGGAAAUGCGAUCAAGAUGUUUUGAAAUAUAAAAUAAACGUGAACAAGGUACAACAUACUCAAGUCACGAAACGGACCAUUCUUUCCAGAAUUUCGACUAUUUUCGAUCCUUUGGGUCUAGUUAGCCCUUGCAUAAUAAUCGGCAAAAUAUUAUUACAGAAACUUUGGUCUGAAAAACUUACCUGGGACCAGCCGUUACCGAGUCAUGUUCUUAAAGCAUGGUCUGAGUUUUCGACUGAUUUAGAUGCAUUAAACCAUUUGUUAGUCGAACGACAAGUAACUUGUACCAAUCCAUCCUACAUAGCACUGCACGCGUUUGCCGAUAGCUCGGAAUCUAGUUAUGGAGCAUGUGUUUAUGUCGUUUCAAAAAACGCAAAGGGAACUGCAUCGUCAAAUCUACUGUGCGCAAAGUCAAAGGUAGCCCCUCUCAAAUCUUUGACGAUGCCACGACUGGAAUUGUGCACCACUCUAGUCCUGUCUCAAUUGACAGAAAAGGUCAUAAACACCCUUGAUAUUAAAUUUGCUCAUGUUUAUUGUUGGUCGGAUUCAGCCAUCGUGUUGGGUUGGCUACAAACAUCUCCAAACCUACUAAAGCCAUUUGUUGCGAACCGCGUAGCCGAAAUUCAGAGACUUACCGAGACCUUCGAAUGGAGACACGUACCUACAUGUGAUAAUCCAGCGGAUAUCGUAUCAAGAGGUCUUAAUCCCAAACAACUACUUCAUUCCAAGUUAUGGUUUCACGGACCCUCUUGGUUAAGCAGUCCAGAUGACUGGCCUAUCAUGGCAUCUGGCUUAGAGCGAGUAAAGUUUGGUUACAAAGACUAUGAGCAAAAGCUCAGAAAAUGGUUCGAUGACUGCAAUCUGAUGACGAGCAAAAAUACUCUUCUGAUGUAGAAGAUUCCAAUGACGAAACAUAGCAGGAAGAUAAAAUUAUAGAAGAUGACUGUUCUUCCACUUCUGAGCAGGACUAUGUUCCUUCAGAUCAUGAAGAAGAGGACAGUGAAUUAGAAAUGUCGGUAGACCAAGAUUCGAAUUCGAGCCGCGAUAAUGUGCAAAGUGAUCAUGUUACAGGUGUAGUCAGUUAUAAAGGUAAAAACGGUUAUAUCUGGAAGUCCGAGGAACCCAAUAAAGCUGUAAGAACGCCCAAACAUAACAUUAUAAUCAAAUUGCCCAGUCUAAAACCAGCAGCAAGUCGUUUGGGGAACAAUCCUGAUGUUGGUGAAAUUUGGAACCUUUUAUUCGACAACGAGAUGCUAAAUGAAAUCGUAUUGCGAACAAAUGAAAAAUUGGAAAUAGUAAGAUCUACCCACAAGAACUCUAAUACCACAGAUUACAAGAAUACUAACCUUAUUGAAAUAAGAGCUUUUAUCGGUCUUCUUAUGCUAACAGCUAUAUUCCGGUCGAACCAUGAAAAUAUGCUAUCAUUAUUCUCAAAUAAGUGUACAGGUCGUCCCAUAUUCAGAGCAGUAAUGUCUUC